GAGCCGCGCCGAGCUGGCAGAUGGAUCCAGGUCGGUUCUCCACUUCUGUCUGCGUCCUGAUGGUGUGUCUUCUCGGGACGACGCGGCUCUCCAGCGUCGGCCAGUGCGCAUGUCCAGAAAUUCCCAGAAGAAGUCUUACUUUGCCACCAGAAGGAAAAAACUGCUUCAACGUUAGCGACAAAUAUCGCUACACGUGCAUUCCCGGUUACGUGAGGAAGGCCGGAACGUCGAAUCUCAUCAAGUGCAACAAUCAUUCGCAGUGGACCACUACCAAAUUUCCACUGGAGUGUAUACCUCAUCCAGACUCAACUCCAACGCCGCCACACAUUCCAGAUGAUUCAAGCAUCACGACUGCGGCAACAAACCGGCCAGGAACUUCCACCAGCCAUCCGACUGGAAGAAGCUCUACUACUGAAACUACAAGCUCAGCUGAUAUGGAGGAGCAAAGUACAUCAGAAACUAAAAGCACAACCACAGUGGUUUCCUAUAAAACUCGGAGCUCCACAUACUCACCAAGUAACCAUAGCAACGGAAACAGCUCUAUGAAAGAAACACACACAGAAACGUUCACAGCAGCAGACACCAGAACAAUUGCCGCCACUUUAUCUGUGGUGAUCCUAUUGGUUUCCAUGAGUGGCAUCAUCUUCGUACUACAUCGAAGGAGAAAAAGGCCGAUUCCCCCUCAGGAAACAGAGGAGAUGCAGCCAAUGAACAAUCCCUCUUGAGCCGUGAUGUAGAAUUUGUAGGAAAAAAAGAGGAAGGAAGAACGAGCAGCCUGUAUUUAAAAAUGAACUGUGAUAUCACCCUCACGCUUGUCAAAUGCUGUUUUGAAGCCUGGAAUCUGCCAUCUUGUCUACUUUAUUUAAACAAACAGGACAAAUUGUCUGUAAAUAUGUUAUCUUGAGCUAAGAUUUAUUCAGCAUAUUCUGAUGGAUGUUAAAUCUCUAAAAGCAAUAGAGGAGACUGGGGUAAUUUGAGCCAAAGGGUAAGUUGAAUUACCAGUUGUUUCUAGGAAACUGUAAAAAAAUAAAUGAAUAAAUAAACAUUGAUCAUGUGACCAAAUAGGAGGAAUUCAUCGUUUAUGACUUUCCCUCAAGGGGAAAGUGAUUACAUCUUUAUUUCCCUUUACCUUGCAACGUUAAAAUGACUCGAAUCCCUCCAGAGUGGAGCCGCAGCGCCGUAAUGAGCGGGAACAAAAACCGUUUCUCCCACCUGAAAGUGAAUUUAGUCUAUCAUAAGUUUCAUAAAAAAAAUGUGCUUAUGCUUGUUGAGGCGCUUAUCAAGCUCAAAUACAUUCACACACUACACUCUCAUAUUCUCACACAAAGGGCCUUUGUAAUUGUAACAUCUAUAGAAACUCCUCAGACUCCCGUCUCCCAGGAAAUAGAAACUUAGUUGAUAAAAUGACGUAAGACAUCAGAUGACCACCAGGUGCAUCCGUAGUAUAGUAAACGAAUCUUCCCGUUUUUGAUCAGAUGCUGUAUAGACUCGGUCACAUUCACACCUAGUCUGUAAGGGUAAGCGUCUCCUUUUUUAGCGCUAAAAAAGAAUAAAAUAAGUAAAGUCUGA